AUGGACAUCGACCAAGACGAGAAGCCCGCCGAAGAGAAGAAAAAGUCCAAGAAGGAGCGCAAAGCUAAGGACACCAACGGCAAUGCCUCCGAAGAAGCCUCCAACGGUCGCGAUUACGUCCAGACCAUGAGCCUGUCCAACGUCCCGCAAUCCGAAAUCGACGAAUACUUGUCCAAGAACGAGAUUGUCAUCACCGACACCCGAAACACUACUGGCAAGCUGCGACCCGUUACCGAGUUCCACCACUUGCCUUCUACCAACUUGCUAGAGAAGAAGCCCUCGCCUUUUGCUAGCUACAAGGCCCCUACUCCCAUCCAGGCUGCCUCGUGGCCAUCCACCCUUUCAGGGCGCGAUGUUGUCGGUGUCGCUGAGACGGGUUCCGGCAAGACUAUGGCUUUCGCGCUUCCCUGCGUUGAGGCCAUUUCCCUCAUCAACAAGAAGGGCGUCAAGGCCGUUGUCGUUUCGCCCACUAGAGAGCUGGCCAUGCAGACUCACGAGCAAUUGGCUCGUCUGGCUGCCCUUCUCAGACUCAAGUGCGUCUGUCUCUACGGCGGUGCUUCCAAGGAUGACCAGCGUGCGCUCCUCAACAAGGGUGCUGACAUCAUCGUCGCAACUCCCGGCCGUUUGAAGGACUUCAUGUCCGAUGAGACCGUUGACCUGAGCGGCUGCAAAUUUGCCGUCUUGGACGAGGCCGAUCGUAUGCUGGACAAGGGUUUCGAGGAGGAUAUCAAGAUGAUUCUCGGUGCUUGCCCUCCCCGUGAGGAGCGACAGACGCUCAUGUUCACUGCCACAUGGCCCUUUUCCGUUCAGAGCCUGGCAUCUACCUUCAUGGUUGACCCCGUCAAGAUCACCAUUGGAUCGCGCGGUAAGGAGACUGAGAACGGCUCGGUUGAGCUCCAAGCCAACACCCGCAUCACCCAGAAAGUCGAGGUCAUGGAUGGCAAGGACAAGGAAUUCCGACUGUUGCAAAUCAUCAAACAGCACCAGCAGGGCAAGCAAAAGGAUGACCGCAUCUUGGUCUUCUGCCUGUACAAGAAGGAGGCAACUCGCGUCGAGGGCUUUCUCAGCCGCAAGGGCGUCCGCGUUGGCGGCAUUCACGGAGACUUGAAGCAGGAGCAGCGAACGAGGAGUUUGGAGGCCUUCAAGACUGGCACGACACCAGUCUUGGUUGCUACCGAUGUGGCUGCUCGAGGAUUGGAUAUCCCCGAGGUCAAGCUGGUCAUCAACGUUACUUUCCCUCUGACAAUUGAGGAUUAUGUUCACCGUAUCGGACGUACAGGCAGAGCCGGCAAGACUGGUGAGGCCAUCACCAUGUUUACUGUUCAAGACAAGGCGCACUCUGGAUCUCUUAUCAACAUCCUUAAGGGUGCUAACCAGCCUGUUCCGGAUGAGCUGAUGAAGUUUGGCACCGUCGUCAAGAAGAAGACACACGACAUGUACGGCGGCUUCUUCAAGGACGUCGAUCCGAACCAAAAGGCAACAAAGAUUACUUUCGAUUAA